AUGUCCAGAUUUUUCAGGCAAGCAGGAGAUUCUGACUCUGACUCUGAUUCAGAGUCAGAGUCAGAGCUCAUGACCAGCGGUGACGAAGAAGCCCCGUCAAAGCCGACAGCUUCAGCCCCCAAGCCAGCAAUCGACUCAGAAUCAGAAGAAUCCACAGAUACGGACAGUGAAGCAGGACCUGAGGGAGACGGUGAUGAAACAGAUGAUGAGGGUGAACGUCCAGGUGUCCGAAUCAUUAGUGCGCAAGAGAAGCGAUUGAAGGAAAUGGAGGCUACAGGCAAGGUUAUGGAGAACGCUCUCAAAAUUAAUGAUUGGGUGGCUAUUUCUACCGGCGAGUUUUUAACAUUGGUUUUGGAAUCUGUGGCUGAACAGCCGAUCCCGCCUUUUUAUGUCCGAACGCUAGUUAACUUGGAAUCUUCUAUCAACAACGCCCUUGUCAAAGAAAAAGAAGCGAAGAAAAAAAUGAACGCUACAAACGCCAAGGCCCUAACAGCGAUGAAGCAAAAGAUAAAAAGGGCAAUCAAGGAGUACGAGACGGAUGUCAAAAAGUACCUGGAGGAUCCUGAAGCCUUCAACCGCGAGUACGCCGCACUGGUUUCGAGGGAGCCAAUUGCACCUGCUGCCCCUGGUUCCCGUGGAGCAACGGCUACCACAGGUGAUGAUACCACUGUCGAGGAAUUCACCACGGUUGGAAAGGGUGGACGAGGUGUUCAGUUCACCUCCGAGGGCAUAUUCAAAAACCUGCACGCUGUUCAAGAAGCUCGAGGAAAGAAGAAUACGGACCGCGCCGAACAGAUCCGCAUCCUAGAGAAACUCCUUGAAGUGGCAGUUACUCCAUACCAGAGAAUCCGUGUUCUUCUUGCCCUGAUCUCUUCGCGGUUCGACUACAACUCUUCCGUCUCAACACAUAUGCCAACGGAGUUAUGGUUAGCCGCACAGCGAGAAGUGGAUCAGCUCGUUUCAAUAAUUGCAUCGGACUCCAACUUUUCCAUUCAAGAGGUCACAGAAGACUAUGAUGAACUUGUUGAGCGCUCUGCUUCAACAGAACGAGGAGUUGUUCACGUCCGAGGCUCUAUCAUAAGCUUCAUUGACCGUCUGGACGAUGAAUUUACUCGUAGUCUACAAAAUAUUGAUCCGCACGGAACCGAGUACGUGGAUCGCCUCAAGGACGAAAAGGUUCUAUAUUGCACAAUAUGUCGCGCUCAAGCCUUUUAUGAAAAAACAAAUCAAAAUGACCCCCUUGGACGAGUUAUCAUGAGAAGACUGGAACAUAUCUAUUCAAAGCCCAACGCCGUGGUACAGGCACUGGAAGCAGCUGUGGAUGAUUCUGAUGUGAAACCUUCAAUGACUCUUGUUGCACAAGGAGGCACGGCGGCCCUCGUCCACGGCCUUUGCGUUCAUCUCUACAAAGCUGGGAAUUCUCUUUUGAGAACACGAGCAAUGCUCAGCCACAUCUACCACCACGCUCUACAUAACGACUUUCACACUGCGCGUGAUAUGCUUUUGAUGUCUCACUUGCAGGAGUCAAUUCAUUCAGCUGACGUGGCUACUCAAAUUCUCUACAAUCGCACUGUUGUGCAGCUUGGAUUAUGCGCCUUCCGAUCUGGAUUGAUCAAAGAGGCCCAGGCGACACUACAGGAUAUAUUCACUACUCAGCGAGUAAAGGAACUCCUUGCACAGGGCGUCCAUCAACAACGCUUCCAAGUGUUAACACCCGAACAAGAAAAGGCGGAAAAGCAGCGGCAGCUUCCCUUUCACAUGCACAUAAACACAGAAUUGCUAGAAGCCGCGUUUCUUGUCUCCAGCAUGCUCAUCGAGAUCCCCUUACUUGCAAGCAUCGACUCUGAAGAAUUGAAACGCAAGGCAAUUUCAAAACCAUUCCGAAGAUUACUGGAUUUUGCUGAUCGUCAAGUUUUUACCGGCCCACCUGAGAGCACGAGAGACCAUAUCAUGCAAGCUAGCAAGGCAUUACAGGACGGUGAAUGGGAGACAUGUCGUGACUUAAUUCAGAGCAUCAAAAUUUGGAGUCUGAUGCCCGAGGCUGCCGCGGUCAAGGAAAUGUUAGCCAAGCGCAUCCAAGAACAAGGCCUGAGAACCUACCUUUUCACAUAUGCACCCCAUUACAGCACUCUUUCUCUUUCUCUUCUCUCCAGAACCUUUUCUCUAUCCCUUCGGACAGUCUCGUCGAUCGUUUCCAAAAUGAUUUGGAAUGAAGAAUUGUCGGCGUCCCUCGAUCAGUCAGGUGGCAUUGUUCUUUUUCAUAGAAUCGACCUUUCACGCCCUCAACAAUUGGCACAAGUUAUUGCGGAAAAGGUGGCGGCUAUGGUGGAUCAGAAUGAGAAGGCGUUGGACGUUAAAAUGGGUGGCACGGGUGGUUGGGGCGAGAGGACCGAUGGCAGCAAAGGGGAAAAACGAGGUGAACAGACACAAGAACGUAGAGGCCGAGGAGAGAGAACAAGGGGUGCUCGAGGUAUGUUCUGA